AUGUUCCGGCUGGCGUGUGCUUGGGCUCUGGCAGGGGCGGUGGCCCUAGAUGAGGAGAGCGAGUUGUUCCUUAUCCAGGUCGGGGUGCAGGCGUUCAGCGGCCCUGGUGCGGUGCGCAACCUCGUGUCCGGGGUGCAGGCGUUCAACGCCUCGAGUGCCGUGCGCAACAUCGUGUCCACCAUCCGGGACGAUGUGCACAAGGUGGAGGAGAACAUCCGGCGCAGGCUGACGGGCGACCAGUCCGGGAACGCUUCGGAACGGGACUCGUCCGCGGUCUCCAAAGCGGAGGCGCCGAAGAAGCCCGGACAGAAGCAGACGCAGCCGGCGCAGGCGGGGAGCCAGAUUUACCAGGACCAGCUUGGCCUGAAGAAGAAUAGCGCCGCAGACGUGGAGGCUCUGAGGACCGCCUUCGUCUUCAACAUGGGCCUGAUCUGUGCCUACCUGUUCUCCUUUGCGCUCCUGCAGCAUUUUCAGCCCAUCGUGUACCUGAACAACUCCAGAACCGGACGCGCUCCUGAGCCCCGUCCAUCCUGGUACGGAUGCUGGCUGAGCUCGGCAGAAGUGCAAGAAUACGCCGGCCUCGAUAGCGCUUUGUUGGUGGAUUUCUGCAACCUGGGCAUGAAGAUCUGCUUUUGCCUCGGCCUCCCCAUCAGCGCCGUGUUGAUUCCCAUAUACUUUUCCCUUGGCACGCACUACAGUGACUGUGGCCAAAGCGGAGCAAUCGUGGGGCCUCGCAGCUCGCUGGACCUCCUCAGCAUCGCCUCGCUUGGCUGCAACCAAUCGGUGCGCUGGUUGCUGGCCUUCUCCGUGUGGAUCUGCGUGUGGGCCGUGCAGCGCCUGCUCUGGGAGGCCCAGAAGAGCUUCGUGCAGCGUCGCAUCGCCUGGCUCCAGCAGCGCCCCAAGCCGCAGUCCUCAACGGUGCUGGUGGCCAACAUCCCGCCACGGCACCGCUCGGACGCGAAGCUGAAGAACUACUUCCAGCGCCUCUUCCCGGAGAACGUGGAGACGGUCUACGUGGUGAAGCAGCUCUCCUCCCUCGCGGAACUGCUGGAGGAGUACGACACCGCAGAGCAGCGUCUUCACGAAGCGCUCUACCAGUGGCAGCUCCACAAUCAGGAGGCAGACCAGCGGCCAAAGCUGAUCCUCGACAAGGAUGCAGAUCCGGUGGACAGCAUUGAGCACUACACUCGCCUCAUGGAGCACUUGCAGCGCCUCAUUGAAACCGAGCGCGCGCGGAUCCGCAGCGCGGACAACUUCACGCAGGAGUCUCUGUGCAGCUCCUCGGCCUUCGUGACCUUCAAGUCCUCCCGCGACGCCGAGAUGGCGCUGAGGCUGCGCCUGGAGCCCGAAGGCCACGUGUUCACGAUGGAGUACGCGCCGGCGCCGAAGGAUGUGGCAUAUGAUGAUCUGCUGGGCUCGCCUCAGAGAAGGCAGCUCUGGCAUUUCCUGGGCUUUGUGAUGAUCAUUGGCGUCUUCCUCUUCUGGUUCCCGCUCAUCGGGCUGGCCUCAUCCAUUGUGAAUCUGGAGAACUUGGAGCAGAUACAGGUGGUGCACCAGAUUCUCACGACCUCGCCCUGGCUGCAAUCACUGCUCGAAGGUAUCUUUGCGACUCUUUUGCUGUCCUUGUUCAUGGGAUUUCUCCCAAGUGCCCUGAGCGCCAUCAUCAGCAGCACCUUCACCUUUACCUCCAAGGCCGAGAGUCAACUUGAGCUGCAGCAGUGGUACUACUGGUUCCAGGUGAUCUUUGUUUUGCUGGUGACGGCGGUUGGCACCUCGCUGUGGCAGCGUUUCAACGACGUACUGGCGUCGCCGAAGGGAGUGCUCUUUGACUUGGCCAACAGCCUGCCAAACACCUCGACCUUCUACAUGAGCUACGUGAUCCUGAAUUGGUCUUUGUCUGUCUUGAACGCCCUGCGGUACCAGAACAUCAUCAAGUUCCUCGCGUGGAACGCCGUUUGCGAGGAGGACCGUGCCAAAGCCAAGUCGGAGCCAGAGGACCCUGACUACUACGGCAUUGGCUCGCGGAGUGCACGGCUCAGCUUGAUCAUGGCCAUCGGUCUGGUCUUCAGCCUGCUGAGCCCGCUGACGCUGUGGGUGGUCUUCGCCUUCUUCUUCAUCAACCGCCUGGUCUUCAGCUACCUGGUGGUCUUCGCGGAGACGCAGAAGCAAGACAUGGGCGGCAAGUUCUGGGCGUUGCAGCUGCGACAUGUGCAUUUGGCCCUGCCCAUCUUCGUCGCCGUGAUGAGUGGCUGCAUCUGGACGGAGCCCUAUGGCGGCCCUGGCAUGUUGGCGCUGCUGAGCUUGAUGCUGUGGGGCUACGAGUACUCGCGGUGGUCCGACAUCCUCUGGGAGACGUUGCCCUUCCGCGCGGUGGUGGAGGGCGCGGAGAGCGGCCUCGCCGCCUCGGAGGAGAGCUACGUGCAGUCGGAGCUGACGCGGGACCUGCGGGCCGCUCCGGCCCUGAAGGCUAGCUGCACUCCUGCAGACAGUGGUCAGUGGCUUCUCACCCACGAGAAGGAUGACGUCGCCUCCAGGAGCUUCCGGACAUUCUACGAAUGCCACUUGCGAGAGGGAAUCGGUGCGUUCCGCGACCCAGACUUUGUGAAUCUCUUCCUGAGGUAA